AUGCAGUUUGCCGAAGACAGGGGAGGACCAACAUAUAAAGUGGUCAAAGAUCCUGAUAUGAUUCUUGAAAAAGUCCAAAAAAACAAAAUCCCUCUUCUAUCUUUCGAUAUGGCUCAAACGCAAGGGGUCGAUUCAGCAGCGAUCGUUCCCGACGAUGUGACUGACGAUACUGACUCCUCUCUUGGCGAUGAUCUUCAAUCUUCUACAGCAAGCGUCUCAAGUUCGAUUCUGAACUACCGUCGCGAAAAUGGUAGGACAUACCAUGCGUACAAAGACGGGAAAUAUGCCUUACCCAAUGAUGAAGCCGAGAAUGAGAGACUUGACCUUCAACAUAACCUUUUUCUCCUCACAUUCGAUGAUAAGCUUGGCCUAGCUCCGCCGAAUAGCCCUGGCGCCAAAGUUAAGCAUGUUCUGGAUAUUGGGACAGGUACUGGCAUCUGGGCUAUCGAUUAUGCGGACGAGCACCCUGAAUCUCAGACUUGUAUGGCUGACGUCCCGCCGAAUGUGAACUUUGUUAUCGAUGACAUUGAAGAUGAGUGGACUUAUAGCCAGCCAUUUGACUACAUCCAUAGUCGUGUCAUGACAUCCUGCAUCGCAGACUGGGGCGACUAUCUGGCCAAGUGUUUCAACAACCUUGCUCCUGGUGGCUAUGUCGAAAUUCAAGAAGUCGACAUAAACAUUAAAUCCGAUGACGGCAGCCUCAGCCCAGAUAACAUCAUGCUCAAGUCUCUAGCCCUGUUGAAAGAAGCAUCUGUCAUGUUUGGCCGACCAUACCUAGAUAUUUUAUCUCUUGAAGAUAUCAUGAAAAACAUCGGCUUUGAGGAUGUCGUUGUUGAGAGGUUCAAGUGGCCAAUCAACUCCUGGCCUCGAGACAAGAAAGCUAAGCUACUUGGAAGUUGGUGCUAUACUAAUAUGGCUUGCGGUCUUGAAGCCUUCACUAUGGCACCAUUGACUCGUGCUCACGGGUGGGCACCUGAGGAAGUCAAUCUCUGGCUGGUUCAUCAACGGAAGGCGAUGGCUGAUAGAAAUACCCAUGCUUAUUGGCCGCUCUAUUCCAUCUAUGGAAGGAAACCAUCAAAGGAGAACUGA